AUGGGUGGUGAGGUUAAAAACCUACCGGUGGAAACAAUGCCGAAAUCAUCGACCCAGCCACUACCGACGAGUCUGCCGUUUCCCGCUCAAUACCGCAUUCUACGGGCACUGCAACAGCGCUUGGAGCGCUCGGCGUUCGAGUCUAUCCAGAAAUGGCACCCCCAACUCGCCCAGGCUAACGGAUGGGAUUGUGCUGAGAAGGUAGAAUUAUACAUGGCGUUCAGAGCGCUGGACCGAAAAUGCCGUUCCCAUUCCAUAUCUGGGUCUACGAGAAUCCCAAAGAAGGCGGUCAGUCGGUUGCGAGCCGACGUUGUGGGCAUCCGCCACGCAGCCGUGCACCGCCAGCUACAGGAUCAUCGUCGUCUCCUACAGCAACUGCACUCGGCCCGAGAGUUUGCAACCGUAUGA